AUGAGCUCCCCAAAGUGGGGGCCAGGACAACCCAGGAGCAGGGACUCACUGCCCAGUGUCUGCCCUGCUCAGCUGGCAGCAGGCUCGGGCAGCUCUGGGUUAAACACCCCCAGCACCUCCUCAAGCAAGGAGCUGGAGCUGAGAACAGGAGCAGUGGUGAUUGACCUGGGCAGCAGCAGCUGCAGGGCAGGGUUCUCUGGCGAGCAGGCACCCAGGGCUGAAGUCAGCACCCUGCUGGGGGGGUGCCCCUUGGCUUGGCCCCCAGGGGCAGGAGAAAACAAGCCUGAAGCUUUCCUUGCUGAGGCAGCUUUGCCUCGCCCUGAGCCUGCCGUGGAGCUGAUGCAGAAGGCUCUCAUCACCGACUGGGAAGCAGCUGGAGCCCUGUGGCAGCAUCUGCUCGCCCAGGAGCUGCAGGUGGCAGCCGAGGAGCAUGCACUGCUGCUCACCGAGCCCCCGCUCAGCCCCAGCGCCCAGCGGGAGGGCAUGGUGGAGUUAGCCUUCGAGGCCCUGGGCUGCCCUGCCUUCUUCGUUGCCCAGCAGCCUGUCCUCUCUGCCUAUGCCCACGGCAGAACCAGUGGCCUGGUGGUGGACGUGGGCUACGCCGCCAGCUCUGCUGUGCCAGUCCAUGAGGGCUACAGCUUGCGCCGUGCCAGCGAGAGGAGCGCCCUGGCAGGGUCCCAGCUCUCCUGGUACCUGAGGCAGCUUUUGAGGGGCACAGGGCAUGUGCUCAGCCAGGAGGUGGUGGAAGACAUCAAGCAGAAGUGCUGCUACGUUGCCUCCAACUUGGAGGCUGAGUGCCAGCUCCCUCCAGGCAACUACACCCUGGACUAUGCCCUGCCCGAUGGGCAGACCAUCAGCCUCAGCAAGGAGAGGUUUCACUGCCCAGAAAUGCUCUUCAACCCUCCACCAAACUGGGGCAUUUCCUACGUGGGCAUCCAUGAGAUGGCUCAGAGGAGCCUCAGCCAACUGCCCAAAGAAAUGAGGUCAGUGAUGUACAGAAACAUCCUCCUCUGUGGGGGGUCCUCUCUCUUUGAGGGGCUGCAGAGCAGGUUUCAGAGUCAGCUCCUCCAAAUCCUGCCCCCCAAGACAGAGGUCAAAGUGGCUGCAACCCCUCUGGGCAGGCACUCAGCGUGGACAGGAGGAUCCAUCCUCACCUCCCUCAUGAACUUCCAAACCUGGUGGAUUCGAAGGGAUGAGUACAACGAAGAGGGGCCAAGAAUUGUCCACCAGAGAUGCUACUGA